UGAGAGCAACGCCGGCGGCAACACCCGCACCCCAGCGGCCCUACCUUCUCUGCGGGCGGUGGUGCUCGGCGGGCAGGGGCCAGUGUCGCCCGAGCACCGGACGGGCCGCGGACCCACAGACCCACCCACCGACCCCCGGACAGACUGCCGACCGCGCAGGGAGUAGCCGCCCGUUGCGCCGGCAACUCCCGCAGCUCCCUGGGACCGAGUCCGCAGGGCCGCCGAGGAGCCGAGCGAGGGCUGCGCAGCGAACUGUCGCCGUCGUGACUCUGGACGCAGGAGUAGUUUGCUUUAAAAUGAGAGCUUGAGUUUCCCCGACAGGUGCAUUUGGUCGAAUUCAACGGAAAUUCCCCUCCCCGUCCCAGCGCGGCGGUGCAGACCCGGCCCCCGACCCAGACGGCGGCCAGUGUCCCCGGGAGCAUUUGCUGCUGGGCACGUGCCCGGGACGCGCAGGGCACCCCCACCCCCAAAGAGAAGACAGCCCCCAGAGAUUCCGGGCCCCGAAAAUGAUCGGACCCGCGCCUAGCCUGGCAGGAAGACUCUAACCGUGGGAAUUCAGCUACCUACCCAGGCAAUAUGAAGAUUUUCUUUGUAGAACCUGCCAUUUGCCUUAGUGCAUUUGCUAUGACUUUGGCUACCCCACUGACAACCCAGUAUGUGUAUAGGAGAAUAUGGGAAGAAACGAGCAACUACAGUUUUGUAUCUGAUAGCAAUACUUCUGAGUGUGGAAAAAACAAAAGCAGCCCCAUUUUUGCAUUCCAGGAGGAAGUUCAGAAGAAAGUGUCUCUUUUCAAUCUGCAGAUGGACAUAAGUGGGUUAAUUCCUGGUCUGGUGUCUACAUUCAUACUUCUAUCUCAUAGUGAUCAUCGAGGACGAAAAUUCCCUUUGAUUUUGUCUUCUGUUGGUGCUCUUGCAACCAGUAUUUGGCUCUGUUUGCUUUCCUAUUUUGCUUUUCCAUUCCAGCUUUUGAUUGCAUCUACCUUCAUCGGUGCACUUUGUGGCAAUUCCACCACAUUUUUAGGAGCCUGUUUUGCCUACAUAGUUGAUCAAUGUACAGAACAGAAACAAAGAACAAUUCGAAUAGCUAUAAUCGACUUCAUACUUGGACUUGUCACUGGAUUAACAGGACUGUCUUCUGGUUAUUUUAUCAGAGAAUUAGGUUUUGUGUGGUCUUUUUUAAUUAUUGCUAUGGCUCUUACUGUUAAUUUGAUUUAUAUUUCAUUUUUUCUUGGUGAUUCAGUGACAGGAUCUUCAUCUCAGAAUGUUUCCAUGUCAUGUAGUGAAGGCUUUAAAAACCUGUUGUACCGAACUUCCAUGCUUUUUAAAAAUGCUUCUGGUAAGCGACGGUAUUAUCUCUGUUUGUUACUUUUUACAAUGAUCACUUACUUUUUUGUGACAGUUGGCGUUUCCCCCAUCUUUAUCCUUUAUGAAUUGGAUUCACCACUCUGCUGGAAUGAAGUUUUUAUAGGUUAUGGAUCAGCUCUGGGUAGCGUCACCUUUUUUAGUAGUUUCCUAGGAAUAUGGCUUUUUUCUUACUGUAUGGAAGACAUUCAUAUGGCCUUCAUUGGAAUCUCUACCACCAUGGCAGGAAUGGUUAUGACUGCUUUUGCCAAAACAACAUUGAUGAUGUUUUUAGUCAGGCUGCCGUUCCUUUUCACUGUUGUGCCACUCUCUGUUCUACGCUCCAUGGUAUCCAAAGUGGUUCGUUCUACUGAACAAGGCACCUUGUUUGCUUGCAUUGCUUUCUUGGAAACACUUGGCGGAGUUGCUGCAGUUUCUACUUUUAAUGGAAUUUAUUCAGCGACCGUUGCUUGGUACCCAGGCUUCAUCUUUCUGCUGUCUGCUGUUCUAUUACUAAUUCCAGCCAUCAGUCUAUGUGUGGUCAAGUGCAUCAACUGGAAUGAAGGAAGCUAUGUACUUCUUACACAAGAGGAAUCCAGUGAAGACACUUCAGACAGAUGAUUAAUUGUGAUUAAAAAAAAAACAAAAAAACUGAAAGCGAAAGCACGUAUCAUAUACUCUGACUUCUGAGGAAUGUAAACUAGUUCCAUAAUCAAUAUUUCAUGAAUAAUCAA